CCUUGUUUUUUUCUUUUAAUACUUUUUAAGCAUUAAAACGCCAAGUAAAAAUAUAUAGGCCUAGGCUAAUCGAAAUCUCGGAAGUUGCAGGCCUAUUAUCUCUCGCAUGAUUUAUGCUGCGAGAUAAAGCAACGGGUGGAACUGUAAACGUGUCCUUUUCUCGCUAGUGUUUUAUGAAAUGACUAUUAUAAACCAACUCAUAUAUAUAAGCAUUAACAAGUUAUAGUUUGAAUUUGGCCUUUGUGUGUGCUAAGCAGCUGGCCAGAUGUUGGACGCAGAGCUGCUGUCGCUGACCUCGGUGCUGAACACGACGUCAGAUGAACCUGCGCGCACCACAGGAGACACGAUCCAGCCUCACUCCCUCUUUGAUUUAUUGAAGCAUCUCCAAACACUUCUGCUUUCUUAACUUUGAGCUUUUUUAAUUUAAUCAAUUUCUCUAUCUCUCUCUUUUUCUUCCGGACAGAUCCACAACAGAUUCACGACGUUGGCUAUCAUUUUCACUCAUUUUGGUUUUCCGUCGUGAUGGCACUUGGCGCGGCUACUGUACGCCAGGCGGGAGAUAAGCUGCCGAUGGCUGGAGGCGCACAGAUCGUCUGAUUUCUCGCUCCCCCCCCCCACCCACCCCCCACCCCGAUUUAGCGCUUUCAUUGUGAAGAUUAGACUCGUGUUUUGGAUCGUCUCCUCCCUGGACUCAAAAUUAUCACAACUUCGUUUGUUGUUUUCGUUGUUGCCGCUGCAGUCGGCCAUCCUGCGCCGUAACAUGACGAUUAAGCAGUAAAAUAACAGUGAGAAAUAGGUCGACACGUAGAAACUGGAUAUGGAGUCAGUGAAGACGAGAGCCGCGGCCGGGGUGAAGGAAUUUGCGGGGAAGACCCUGGGUCAUAUGCACAGACUGAUAGAGAGGAAACAGAAAACCGGGGAGGUGAUCGAGCUGACGGAGGAUGGGCGGCCCCGGGAGGCUGUGGAGAAGAAGCCCCCGCUGUGCGACUGCAACUGCUUCGGCCUGCCCCGCCGGUACAUCAUCGCCAUCAUGAGUGGCCUGGGCUUCUGCAUCUCCUUCGGUAUCCGGUGUAACCUGGGCGUGGCCAUAGUGGGCAUGGUCAACAACAGCACCAUCCACCAGAACGGCAAGAUCAUCAUCAAAGAGAAAGCCAAGUUCAACUGGGAUCCAGAGACGGUGGGACUUAUUCACGGAUCUUUUUUUUGGGGCUACAUCGUUACACAAAUCCCGGGAGGAUACAUAUGCUCCAGGCUGGCAGCAAACAGGGUAUUUGGUGCAGCCAUCGUGCUAACCUCGAUUCUCAACAUGUUGAUUCCCUCGGCUGCCCAAGUCCACUUUGGGUGUGUCAUCUUUGUCAGGAUAUUACAAGGGCUGGUGGAGGGAGUGACCUACCCGGCCUGUCAUGGCAUCUGGAGUAAGUGGGCUCCACCGCUGGAAAGGAGUCGCCUGGCCACCCUCUCAUUCUGUGGCUCUUAUGCUGGUGCUGUGAUAGCGAUGCCUCUGGCUGGAAUCCUGGUCCAGUACUCAGGCUGGUCCUCUGUGUUCUAUAUCUAUGGAUGCUUUGGCUUGUUCUGGUAUUUGUUCUGGAUCCUUGUGUCUUAUGAGAGCCCCGCCGUACAUCCUACAAUCACCGAUGACGAACGCUGCUACAUUGAGGAGAGCAUUGGAGAGAGUGCCAAGCUAUCGGGUCCUUCCGAGAAAUUCAAGACCCCUUGGAGGAAGUUUUUUACUUCAAUGCCCGUCUAUGCAAUCAUCGUGGCCAACUUCUGCAGGAGCUGGACGUUUUACCUGUUGCUGAUUAGCCAGCCUGCAUACUUUGAGGAGGUCUUUGGCUUUGAGAUAAGCAAGGUCGGCAUGCUGUCUGCUCUGCCACAUUUGGUGAUGACCAUCAUUGUGCCCAUCGGGGGCCAGCUGGCUGACUACCUACGCAGCAGAAACAUCAUGACGACUACCACUGUCAGGAAAAUCAUGAACUGUGGAGGAUUUGGCAUGGAGGCCACAUUGCUUCUGGUGGUAGGAUAUUCCCACAGCAAAGGGGUGGCCAUUUCCUUCCUGGUGCUGGCAGUGGGCUUCAGUGGAUUUGCUAUAUCAGGCUUUAAUGUCAAUCACCUGGACAUUGCUCCACGCUACGCCAGUAUCCUAAUGGGCAUCUCCAAUGGUGUGGGUACCCUUUCUGGGAUGGUAUGCCCAAUAAUUGUUGGUACUAUGACAAAGAACAAGACUCGAGAGGAGUGGCAGUAUGUGUUCCUGAUCGCCGCCAUGGUGCAUUAUGGAGGAGUGAUCUUCUAUGGAAUCUUUGCGUCGGGAGAAAAACAGCCGUGGGCCGACCCAGAACUGACCAGUGAGGAGAAGUGUGGCUUCAUAGACGAGGACGAGUUGGCAGAAGAGACGGGUGAUAUCACUCAAAGUUAUGGUGCCUUUGGAGGUCCGCCAAAGUCCUACGGUGCAACCACGCAGGUGAACGGAGGCUGGGCUACAGGUUGGGAGAAGACGGAGGAGUACGUCCAGGAGGAAGCCCAGGCAGGAGGCUAUGGAUACAAGAAGGAUGAGGGAUACUCCUAGACCAAACACACGUUCACUGACACAUGAGUAGACUUAUUCUCCUGAGUGUGCAUCAGUUUAGUCAUAAAAAUAUCAACAAAUGAGAAACAAGAAAACCUACAAUCUAGUGUUGUAUUGUUUGCACAAAUUCUAAAAAGAAAUAUUUAAAAAAGUAUCAACUAAAGAUUUGUAAAAUGUGUCAAGAAUUCAAAUAUAUUCAAUUAAUAGAGGUGUAACACAUAUCAAAUUGGCAGCCUGUAUAUGUAGUAUUAUGCAUAUUGUUAAUAGAUAUAUUCAUUUGGAGUGCAGUGUGUAAAUGUGAAUAUUUUUAUCCCAUCCGCCAAGGCUUUCUGACCACACUGAAGCCUGUAGGGUUCCAUAGAAGCUGCCCAUCAGAACCAUUCCCUUAUUUAUCAAAUUAACUGGUACACUACAAGGUCCUACAAGCCAGCCAUUACAGUGUAUAGAUAUGUCACUGCACAUCGUUGUAAACAGAAACUAGACACUGUGUUGAUAUAGAUUGAACUGUAUCUCUCCUGAAUGCACUCAGAGUAGUGUGUCCUUUUAAUGCACAAUAUGAUGAUUUUUGCUUUCUUAUCACUGGCUUCUGUGUGUGUGUGUGUGUGUGGGUAUGUGUGUGUGUGUGUGUGUGUGUGUGUGUGUGUGUGUAAAAAUGUUCUGGUGUAAGUGACCUAGUGUAGACAUAUGAGUGUCAUGCAAUGACUUGUGAUGACCGUUUGGUUACACUUGUGUAAGGUAAAAAACAAUGCUGUCCAAUGUGUGCUAUAUGCGAUCCAUUUUGUACCUCUGCAGCUGAGCGUUUGAUUUUAACAAGUUCAACCCGUCACAUCUCAGCAGUAUAGUGCAGGAGUAAAGCCAUUCUCAUCAUUAUACUCACCAUGACUGUCAAAAUUCUAGCAGUACCAAUGCAUUGUUAAAUGAUUCAUCUUAAAUAAAACAUAUAUGACAGAGAUAACUAGACAGUAAAGAUGUAUAAGAGUUUAUAGAUUCAAUUUAGACCAAGAGAUGUAAGGUCUUACGACUAAAUGAAGAGUUUGUGCAAUGCGAAGACUUUGGUAACGUACAGAUUAGCCAAAAUCAGUAUGAGAGUCUUACCAUAUUAGCGUAGCAAAUCUAAUGUUGAAUCAGAAGGGGAGAACAAAUUAUAUUUAAAAUAACGUAAAGGAUAUUUACAUGAUCAAAUGGAUGAGAUGGUAAUUCUUAAUGUUAAGCACCUGAAAACAAAGUAUUUCUAAAAACAAAUAUUUAUGAAUAUGAAGCAAUUUAAGUCAAAAAAGAAAAUAAAUCUGUCAUGUGAAAUAAUAAAAACUUCUAACAUUAGCAGGAGUCUAAGUGUUAAUGUAGGAUCACACUGAUAAAAGUGAGAUGCCGAUUGAGAAAACGUCUUUUCCGGGCCUUUUAAAACUAAAGGGAGAAGAGUUUAAAAUGUCAAAUGACAGAAGUCGAAGUGAACAUUCCACUACAAUUGUUUGAAUGUUUACAUAGAUCUAUGCUUUGCAUAAAGUUCACCAAACAGAAUAUUUCUAUCCGCAAUUACAGAAAAGCAGCAUGGGCAAUCACAAAUGAGUGCAAUUUGGACAAACUGCCAUUUGUCCAUUUCCAUCACAAGAUGGAAGUAAGCUGAGACAUUUUAUGAUUUGAAGUAUAAUGUCAUGGCCUGACUGGCAAUGAAAAGGUAAUUAGGCUCCUGAAUAGAAAGAACAAGCAAAACACCUCCAGAAUCUGUUUUGUCCUCAUUCUGCACUCACACCGACAAGGUCUGAAGGGGAUGAAUCCUGUCACAUCUACGGAGACCUUAAAUCAGCACUUCACAAUAUAGAUGUGUGUGGAUGUGUAUUUAUGCAUGGAACAAAGUGAAACUUGUAGUGUGUCUUUUUUUUCUUCUUUUUCAAACUUAUUUGUCUUUGUCUCAGAAACUGUUACUGAUGCUUCAAUUUCUUUGCACAAUCAACCAAAGGUGAAAAGCAGAGCUAGGUUUUUUUUAAGGGAGUACAGACCAUCAGCAGCGAGGUUCCAGCAUUAGGACCCCAAAGUGUGCAGGUGGCACCAAAACAUUACUCAGUGUACAAAGCAAUAAAUCCAUAGUAACAGUUCUGGUCAAAACAUCAUGAACAGUCAUGUAACUGUUUUUAUGCAUUUGUUUAAGAGUCGUGUUUUUUGUGAUAACAAAUGUAGAAAAUAAAUACUUGUAAGUCAAAAACAUAGAAAUAUACUGUAUGUAUGACAAAUAUAGUAGUAGAGUCCAACACAAACGUCUUUGACAACAAAAAAGUGCAAGGAGUUUGUGACGGGGCUGCUCACCCGAUGAGAAUGAUAAAAAGAGCUCCAGCGGAUGCUCUUCUUCUUGUUUUUUUAUUGUUAUCGUCUCUCUCUCUCUCUCUCUCUCUCUCUCUCUCUGUCUUCACUUUUUAGUUUGAUUAAUGUUCUUUAGUCAGUGGCUGGAACCCCGUUUCCCUACUUAACCACACAUACCUUCCCCCCACCCUGGUAAAAACUGAUUUCAUUGUUACAAUAAUCAUUGACAUUAAGAAUAAAACCUAAACAGGCGAGUCUACAUUUUCAAAAAUGACAAAUGUGCAACCUGAAGUAAUUAAAAGUUUCCUGUUGUUGUGCCUCUGAAGUUAAAGUGUGAUUCUAUGGCUUCUCUUGCUGUGUAAAUUGAGAGGUUUGUUGGUGUUGAAAUGAAAUACUCUAUAUCCUUUUUUGAUAAAAAAGCAAAGAAAUCUG